AAGAACAACUUGCUCUUCACCAUUCACGUCCCCUCUUCUCUCCUCUCUGCCAAACCCCUAUUCUCCCUCCACCACCAUUCAUCGAUGCCAUCGAUCUCCCACUACAACUUGUUCUAAUCGAAUUAUAUCAUUUGAUUUGAUGCAGAUUCGAUUUGAAACUGUUGAUUAUUGCUGGAUAUGGGGUAAAUUUUUGGAUUCAAGUUCCUAUACACAAGUAUGCAGAGUCAUGACGGUUUUAUAUUUUAGAAGGAAGGUAGUAUUUGUUUGUAACAUGGUGAAUUCUACGAUACACUUGCCGAAGGGGACAAUUGUGAUAAGUUAUCUGUAUAUCUAUUAGAAUUCUUCACCGCAAUAGUAUACCGGUACAUAUCCAUAUAAAAUCUGUACCGAAAUAUUCACAUCGUAACAUGUACCUUAAUUAUUUCCCCAAAUAAAUGCAAAAAUAUAGGCAAUUAUUGGUGUGUCAUUAAACAACCACAAAAAAGAGGGUAGAUUGGGUCUUGAAAAUCAUGCGGAAAUCUUCCACCAAACUCCUUACAUUGAAUGACUAGACACAGCCUCUAGCAUCCAUUGCAAAAGUACCUAAUUUCGUUGGUUUGAAUAUAAAAUCAAAAUGGAAAGUGUUUUGUUUAUUCAAACACGUGAUGCUCAACUACCAUCCAAUCCACCAUCUCCCUUUCCAAAUCUUCCAUUCUUCCAUUCAUAUAUAAACCAUCUCACUCCUAAUAUCUUUCCACAACAACAUUGAGUUCAAUUAUUUACACUACUUUAAUUACAAACAUAAGAUAUAUUAAGAUAUGGUUAGUGUUUCUGAAAUCCGUAAGGCUCAAAGGGCAGAAGGCCCUGCAACCAUUUUGGCCAUUGGCACUGCUAAUCCACCUAACAAGGUUGAUCAGAGUACAUAUCCUGAUUUUUACUUCAAAAUCACUAACAGUGAGCAUAAGGCUGAGCUCAAAGAGAAAUUCCAGCGCAUGUGUGAUAAAUCUAUGAUCAAGAGCAGAUACAUGUAUCUAACAGAAGAGAUUUUGAAAGAAAAUCCUAGUCUUUGCGAGUACAUGGCACCUUCAUUGGAUGCUAGGCAAGACAUGGUGGUGGUAGAGGUACCUAGACUUGGAAAAGAGGCUGCAGUGAAGGCAAUUAAAGAAUGGGGUCAACCAAAGUCAAAGAUUACUCACUUAAUCUUUUGCACCACAAGUGGUGUUGAUAUGCCUGGAGCCGAUUACCAACUCACAAAACUCUUAGGCCUUCGCCCAUAUGUCAAAAGGUAUAUGAUGUACCAACAAGGUUGUUUUGCAGGAGGCACGGUGCUUCGUUUGGCUAAAGAUUUAGCCGAGAACAACAAAGGUGCUCGUGUUUUAGUUGUUUGCUCUGAAGUCACCGCAGUCACAUUUCGCGGCCCCAGUGAUACUCACUUGGACAGUCUUGUUGGACAAGCAUUGUUCGGAGAUGGAGCUGCUGCUCUCAUUGUUGGUUCGGACCCAGUACCAGAAAUUGAGAAACCAAUAUUUGAGAUGGUUUGGACUGCACAAACAAUUGCUCCAGACAGUGAAGGUGCCAUUGACGGUCACCUUCGUGAAGCUGGACUAACAUUUCACCUUCUAAAGGAUGUUCCCGGGAUUGUCUCAAAGAACAUUGAUAAAGCAUUGGUUGAGGCAUUCAAACCAUUGGGAAUUUCUGAUUACAACUCAAUCUUUUGGAUUGCACACCCGGGUGGUCCUGCAAUUCUAGAUCAAGUAGAACAAAAGCUAGCCUUGAAGCCUGAAAAGAUGAGAGCCACUAGGGAAGUUCUAAGUGAAUAUGGUAACAUGUCAAGUGCAUGUGUAUUGUUCAUCUUAGAUGAAAUGCGGAAGAAAUCAGCUCAAAAUGGACUCAAGACAACUGGAGAAGGACUUGAAUGGGGUGUAUUAUUUGGUUUUGGACCUGGACUUACCAUUGAAACUGUUGUUCUUCAUAGUGUGGCUAUAUGAUAUGUGUGGUUGAUUUAUUUUAAUGUAUUACAUUUAUCUUGCUUGAACUUCCAUUUAAGAAUAAAUAUGGAGUUCAAUUUGUACCAUUGAUGUUAAUUAUUAUUUUAGCAUAUUUUUUGUUGACAA